UGGAGCGUGGAUGGUUUUCACAUACCGGUUACGACCUCCUGCCCGGCUUUGGAGAGUUAAUUGAUCGCGGUGUAUUGGAAUUGUUUAAACUAUAAUGUCAAAGAUGAUAGGCAUUCCGAGGGCAGCUGCCAUCAAGAAACUUCUCACUGGAGCCGAGCAUUAUAUAUAGUUAGCAGGCUAAGCAGCCGUUGCAGUAUUGAACGUGCAUAGUGUAGUACACGUGUGUGCAUGCAUGGUACGCCAGAUUGGCAAGGAUUUGGCUAAAGAAUUUGACGAAGUUAAAGCCAAAAAUUUAAACUGAUCUGUUUCAGUGACACAAGAUGGCGGUUACUGAGCAACUCUGCAGAGGGAAAGAAAAGGAAUAUUAUUAUUUUGUAGAAUGAGAGCUAUUCGAUAAAUGGGAGACAGUUCGUUCAUUUCACUUCCAGGUUCAUGUUGGUGCGUUUUUGAGGAGGAAGUUUAUUAUCUAAGGAUGGGACAAAAAGUCGGGAAAAAAGGCGUGGAAAAGGGACUAGAACAUUAUAAAGAACAGCGGUUUGAUGAGGCUGCUUUGGAAUUCCUUAAUGUUCUAAAAAGAACGCAUAAAACAGAAGAAAAGUCACCGGACAAAUUUGUUGUAUACGGAUACUUAUGUACAAUUUAUUACGAUACCGGAAAAUAUCGGGAUAUAUUACGAUAUGCUGAUCAUCAAAUUGACAUAGCCAAUAGUUUGAAAGAUUCUUGUAUGAAAGCUGAAGCAUUUUUUAACCUUGCACGUGGGAAUGAGCGCCUUUCGCUGUUUGAUAAAGCUGUUUUAUUUUGUAAGGAGAGCAUAACAAUCAAUUCCAAGCGUUCCAAAAUACUUGGUUAUUCUCAUUUAUGUUUAGGGAACGCUUAUUUUGGAUUGAGUGAUUUUUGUAAUUGCUGCAAAAACAUAGAUCUUAGUUUGGCAAUCGCACGACAGACCAAAGACAAGCGUUUAGAUAUAUUGGCUAACGCAAGUUUCGGAAUAGUGUUCACAACUCUGAGGGACUAUGAUACAGCUCUAUAUUACUUUGAACGUGCCCUGGAUACUUUACACGGACAGAGCGAAACAGACAAUCUGGACCAAUACCAGCGCCUCCUAGAAGUAUGUCUGGCUGUCCCCUACUUCCGCAAGGGGAGACAAAAUGACGCCAUGGAAUCCUGUGAGGACGCCUUGAAGAUGGCCAUGCAGUGUAAGGAUCGUCCAGUUCAAGCAAAAUGUCUAUUAACAUUCGCCGAGAUUCAUCGAAUGCGGAAGGAUACGGAGCGAGCAAACCCCCGUUACGAGUCGGCGUACUCGAUUUACACGGAGAUUGGGGACAGGUACGGCCAGAUGGAGGCGUUACGUGGAAUGGCCAAGUCGACCAUUUUAUCCGGCGAUACUCAACAGGCCUUGGAACUCUACCAGCGAGCUUUGGACCUAUCAGAAUCUAUCGGGAACAAGUUUGGGACCAUGCAGUGUAGCGUUGCGCUAGCCAAUCUCUACAGCGAAGAUGGAAAUACAGCUAUGGCCAACACUUACCACAGCGCCACAAGAACCCUAGCAGGGAAUAUGGAACUUUUCUGUGGUGUAUGUGGCGAGACAAUGGGUCAAAUACCGGAAGAGUUAUAUCCCUUGCCAUGCGGCCAUUUGAUUCAUAACAGGUGUGGACCCCACCUGGCGCGCUACACCUGGGGAAGGAAAGGCACACGGCGACCUUGUCCAUCAUGUCGUGUCAAAUCUUCGGGUAAUCCUAUAUUGGAGUUAUAGUGGAUAUGUUUCCAUAGUUGUAUACAGACAGAUAUCGCCUGAACAGUAUUUCAUUACUGGACCCUAUUUUAUCCAAUGGAAAAUUACUGAAUAAAUUAUAUAUUUUUUCAUAUGUAUAAAUGAAUAAGUAUAGUGAACAUGACUAUUGCAUGCGAUCUGUAGAAAAUAGUUUUCUAUAGAUUAUCUGUUGUGAUUACAAAUUUAUCUCAAUAGACUAUCCUUAUCUAUAAAGAAAUAUAUUCAAAAUUACAAAUAUUUUCACGUAGCCAUAUCAUACAACAUACUCGAAUGUGUAUAUGAUAAUGCUUGAUAAUGUUCGAGCAUCAGCAAUAACAUAUUUUAGAUUAUUAUCAAGUCGAAUUAUUAUUGAAAAAUGACAGGAAAAAAAUUAUAGGUGCAUUGAUUCUAAUCAUCUGUAGAAUCUCUAAUGAAUUCCCGUUGAAUUUGGCACAUAGAGAGGUCCUCCAACGAGUGUCGGUUACAUAUUUUUAUAAUACACAAACCCAUGUCACAAGUGCAAAUUUUCUAGCAGACUGCUAUGAAUUAUAGAUUAUUUCUAUCACAGUAGUUCCAAUUCAUAGCAUGUGAAAGGUAACAAGUCUACAUGUAUUAUAUAUAUACAUUUUUCAUUUACAUGUCUGAAAUGAAUAUCUCGUCACGAAGUAAAAGAUGAAUAAUAAAUAUAGCGCCAUCGACAAGGAUAAUAGAUAAUGUAACAAACUUACAGUAGAAUAACUAAAUGGCAUUGUUCUUUCUAAUACGAAUUAUUUUGAAUACUAAUCUGAAGGACCAACACCUGAUUUCCGUAUAUUACCUCAUUCAUUUAGCACGCACAUUUAAUUCAAAUAACUGUCGUAUUUUCGUCAAAAAAAAGUAUGUCUGCUGCAAAUACAUUAUUUUGAUGACUUUGGCAUGAAUACAGUGUACCAAAGUAAUUAUAGGUAUACAGGAUUAUAUAUUUGCUGUAAAUUGAUGCAAAAUCACCGAUAUCAACACUUACACAUACGAAAAUCAACAAUAUACCUAUAAUGUAUCCAUGUACAGAUAUACAGUGUAUAUAUAUAUAUAGAACGAUUGGUGUAAAACAUUCCAUACUGACGAAUCUCAGUGUUCCCACAGUUGACGUUGUCAUGUAUUCCCGAUGUUUUGUGAAGACCUAUUAAUGUCUAAGAAAUUACUCUUACAUGAAUCAAAGAAAUGUAUUAUAUAUAUGAUAAAUCAAUGUUGAAAUGUAUAUUUUAUGUAAAAUGGUAUAAUAAAAAUACAUUAUUUUCAA